CUUUCACCACAACAAACAACCAUGGCGUUCUCUGCAUCAGGAGCAACGUAUCUGGUCAUUGAAAUUAUCCUCAUAGUGAUAGUUGCAACAUCAGCGAUUCUUAUGCGGAAGGUGUUGACUCCAUUCACACGUGGAUUCUUCAAAGACGAUGAUUCUCUCAUGUAUCCCUUCAAGCCUUCCUCGGUUACCAAUGUCUGGCUCUAUGUUGUUGGUUUUAUAGGAUUUGGUGUUGUGGUGGUUAUCACAGAGGGAGUCAUAAUCAGGCGUCAGUACCAGAACAGCGUGAAGAGGGACAACGCUCGCUCGCUCCCCAUGUGCUGGAUGGAGAACUGCUACCGAGUCCUUUCCCUGUUCGCCUUUGGCGCCGCCCUCACGCACCUGGUUACGAACAUAGGGAAGUACUCCGUCGGCAGACUGAGGCCUCACUUCUUCGCCGUGUGCAUGCCCGAUUGGUCGCGGCUCAACGACACCUCUGGUUACAUACUGGAGGACAUCUGUACCGGGCCGGAUAAGGAUCUUAUAAAAGAAGCGAGAGUUUCUUUUCCAUCCGGCCACUCUUCAAUUUCCAUGUACUGCGGAGUCUUUCUAUUUUUGUACCUGCUGAAGCGGUUCACCUGGAAGAAAAUCGUGGUGAUCCGGCCCCUGCUGCAACUGGUGGGCAUAAGCCUGGCUCUCUACACCUGUCUAACACGCAUCUCUGACUACAAGCACCACUGGAGCGACGUGAUAAUCGGGGCCAUGCUCGGAGCGGGCAUGGCUUUCUUCAGCAUGUUCUGGAUUCACAAGAUCCUUUUCGCAAAUGGUCGCGUCCCUGAAACAACGGAUGAAGAAAAUUAUCCACACACCUACCUCGACUUUCGGAAUGACCGAAGAGGAACAAGCGACGUCUUCUCACAGACUCUGCCCGACACGUUCUUCCUAAGCGUGGAUGUGGGUAGCAGCAGUGGAAUGGUUGUGUCUUCAUGUAGCCGCUCAUCGUGAAACAGCAACUGCUGCUGCUCCCUAAUGAGAACAUCUCACAUAGUACACAUGUAUUGCAAAAGGCCACGUUGAUUCUAUAAGUCAGUAAAACACAUGCAUGUUCAAUGAAAGGACAACUGAAAAAAAAAAAAUACAAGACCCGUCCGAACCAUUGCGAAAAUAGGGGCGUUUUGCUGCCAAACCAAUGAAAAUCAAAAUUAAUAAAAAUGUUCUGACAAGGCUACUUGAAGAUAGCAUACUAUUUCUCAUUCUAGGAGGAGGUACAGAUAAAGAAGAGUUUGAAGUCCACUAAACACUUAUUAACAUAAAUUUUAAAUGACUUCCAUUUGAAAUAAUUCUGUCAGCAAAGUUUUACACCUUGUACUACACACUCUAGGUGAUUAGGUCACUUGGAAUAGGAAUGACCUCUCCCUCUGACAGGUUCUGUAAAAAAAAAACUCAGAAGAUAAUAUUUCCUUACUGACUUCACAUUAUAAUUACUACAUGUACUGAACAUUGCACAGUUUUUCAGGAAAUUAUUAUUGCUAUUAUUGUCAUCAUAGGUCUUUAGUUACGGAAACAUCUUCAGCCAUCCACGUUUUGAUGUUGUUUUAGCAAUUUAUGAUAAUGACGGGGUCGAUAAAGAUGCUCUGAAGGAAAAGUUACUUCAUAUAUAUAUAUAUAUAUAUGUUACCGAAAAUAUAGAAGUGGUGAAAUCGGUACAAUGCAGUCUAGCAUGCGCACUGUGAAACACGCGCAUACCGAACAAAUUUCCAGGCUCCGAAUUUUUUUUCUUUUUAUGUGUAUACUUUCUUUUUGUGCUGAAAACAUGAACAUAACGAAACGAUGUUUUCAUAUCCCUUUGAUUUCACAAUGUGCGUGCUAGACAGUAUAGUAAAAAAUUUUUUUUUUAAUAGAAUACUAUUUUAUCGAUCCUAGAAGGGCAAUCUGGUUUACAAUGGAAAACAAAAACACUCAUUUUAUACAUAAUUAUACAUACAUGCAUACAUACAUACAUACAUACAUACAUACAUACAUACAUACAUACAUACAUACAUACAUAGGCUACAUACAUAAAUAACAUACACAUACAUAAAUACACAAUAUUACACCUGUACAGAACAAUGUGGAUGCGUUUUACCAAAGGAUACGCCAGAUUUUAGGGUGUGCGUAAAUUUUAAUCAAAAUGUAAUUAAGGUUGUUUCACAGGAAAGAAAAGAAGUAGAACCUACCUGUUGGACUGCUAAUGCUAAAAAAAACUAGUCCUAACUUGUAAACGGUUGGGCAACAUACAUAUAAAAUUAUAUGAUUUCUACUCUUAUCUGUAUUUUUUAAUUAGUUUAUUUUAUUUAUUCAUUUAUUUACACGCUUUGUAUAAAGCCAACAUUCUAAUCUUGCACUGAACUUUAUCAGAUUUGUAUACCUUGAACUUGAACAAACCAAAUAAAAAUCUUUUUUUUCCUCUCCGUA